AAUCAAGAGUUUGAGUCUUAUUUGAAGAAAAAAAUAGUGGGUUUUAAUCCUUUAUCCGCUUAUUGAAAUGGGUAUUGAUCGAAAUUCGAUGAGAAACGUGGUGAUUAUAGUGUUGGUUUUGAUGACAAUCGGAACAACAAAUGGAUUGACAAUGAAUUAUUACAUGUUCAGUUGUCCCUUAUUGGACAUGGUUGUCAAGAACUAUGUUAAUAGUGCGUUAAAUUCCGAUCCCACCCUCGCUGCCGCCCUCCUUCGCAUGCAUUUCCACGACUGUUGGAUCGAGGGAUGUGACGGAUCUGUUCUGUUGGACUCUACUAAGGAUAAUACAGCGGAAAAGGACUCACCUGCGAAUUUGAGUUUGCGAGGGUACGAGCUAAUAGAUGAUAUUAAGGAAGCACUCGAAGAACGAUGCCCCGGGGUUGUCUCGUGUGCUGAUAUUGUCGCAAUGGCUGCUAGAGACGCGGUCUUCUUUGCAGGAGGGCCAUAUUUUGAAAUAGGAAAAGGAAGAAAAGAUGGAAGAAGAUCAAAAAUAGAAGACACAAUAAACCUUCCAUCACCAAGGUUUAAUAGCUCGGACUUGAUCAAACAAUUCGGGCAACGCGGUUUCACCGUUCAAGACCUUGUGGCCUUGUCGGGAGGCCACACACUUGGAGCCGCUAGAUGUGUUACGUUCAAGGACCGAAUCAUGAACAACGCAGAUCCAACCACGAUCGAUGCUGAUUUCUCGAGGAACCUUGUCAAGACUUGUCGUGGAGGGGACAACUCUCGCCAAACAUUCGACUCCACUACAAACACAUUCGACAACGACUACUUUGUAUCUCUUCAGAGGAAGAUGGGUUUGUUAACGUCUGAUCAAACGUUGUUUGCUAGUCCCUUGACAAGGCCUAUUGUUAAUGACUAUGCCAUGAAUACGGCCAUGUUCUUCUUGCAUUUUCAGCAGGCUCUUAUUAAAAUGAGCCUUAUGGAAUCUUCUGAUUCGAAUGCUCCACGUGAAGUUCGUCAAAACUGUCGUAAAGUUAACUGAUUCUAGUUUUAUUAUCGUAAAGAAACAAUCUUUAUAUGUACUUUGUGUUGUAAUUUGAUCAAUUUAGUAUUUUUAUUUUGUAAGUGAA